UUAUAUGUAAAAGAUUAAAAGCACAGUAAAUAUUGCUGUGGCCUCCGGAUCUGGGAAAUAAACAUCAUCGGUUUGUGUGCAGAAAUCAGUGCAUCAUGCUGGUGGAUUUUGAGAAGCUGCGCAUGAGAGGAACUGGGAAAGCCAUUGCUGUCCUCACAAGCGGUGGAGAUGCACAAGGAAUGAACGCAGCUGUUCGUGCUGUAACACGAAUGGGCAUUUAUGUUGGCGCCAAAGUCUACCUGAUCUAUGAGGGCUAUCAAGGGCUUGUGGAUGGAGGUGACAACAUCAAACCUGCUAACUGGCAAAGUGUGAGCAACAUCAUUCAACUGGGUGGCACAAUUAUUGGCAGUGCUCGCUGUAAAGAUUUUACCACGAGAGAGGGUCGUCUGGCAGCUGCCUUCCACUUGGUGCAGCGUGGCAUCACUAAUCUGUGUGUCUGUGGUGGAGAUGGCAGCCUCACUGGAGCCAACAUCUUUCGCAAUGAGUGGAGUGAGCUUCUGGCACAGCUAGUCAAGGAAGGGAGAAUCACAGACUCAUUGGCUCAGCAGUACACUCAUCUAAACAUUGUAGGUCUUGUGGGUUCUAUUGAUAACGACUUCUGUGGAACAGACAUGACCAUCGGUGCUGAUUCUGCCUUGCAUCGCAUCAUGGAGGUCAUCGAUGCAAUCACCACUACUGCACAGAGUCAUCAGAGGACAUUUGUGCUGGAAGUGAUGGGACGGCAUUGCGGGUACCUAGCCGUCGUGUCUGCUCUGGCAUCUGGAGCUGACUGGGUCUUUAUACCUGAGGCUCCUCCAGAGGAAGGGUGGGAGGACCACAUGUGUGCCCGUCUAGGAGAGAGCCGCAGUAAAGGAUCCCGUCUCAACAUUGUCAUCAUUGCUGAAGGAGCUAUUGAUAAACAUGGCGAGCCCAUAACCUCCAACUAUGUGAAGGAUCUUGUAGUGAACAGGCUAGGUUAUGACACUCGGGUCACUGUACUGGGGCAUGUACAGAGAGGAGGAACACCCUCUGCGUUCGACCGGGUGCUGAGCAGUAAGUUGGGGGUCGAGGCAGUUGUGGCCCUGCUGGAGGCGACUCCAGACACUCCGGCGUGUGUGAUCGGACUGUCUGGUAACCAGGCCAUGCGUCUUCCUCUUAUGGAAUGUGUCAUUAUGACUAAGGAGGUGCAGAAAGCCAUGAAUGAGAAACGAUUUGAUGAAGCCAUUCAGCUGCGUGGAAAGAGCUUUGAGAACAACUGGAACACCUACAAACUGCUGGCUCACCAGAAACCAGCUCAGUCAAAGAGUGCACACUCCAUGGCCAUUUUAAAUGUAGGCGCCCCUGCAGCUGGGAUGAAUGCAGCCGUGAGGUCGGCGGUCAGAGUGGGCCUUGCCCAGGGUCUCAGAGUUUACACGGUCAAUGAUGGCUUUGAAGGCCUGGCCAAAGAUAUGGUGACUGAAGUGCACUGGCACGAUGUAGCAGGCUGGACCGGCCAGGGAGGUUCACUGCUCGGUACUAAAAGAACCCUACCAAACUCUUGCAUGGAAAAAAUUGUGGAAAAUAUUGGAAAGUACAACAUCCGGUCUCUUUUGGUUAUUGGUGGAUUUGAGGCUUACGAGGGUGUUCUCCAGUUGGUGGAGGCACGGGGACGUUAUGAUGAACUCUGCAUUGUCAUGUGUGUGAUUCCUGCCACUAUAAGUAACAAUGUACCAGGGACACACUUCAGUAUUGGAGCAGACACAGCUGUCAAUGCUGCUAUGGAGAGCUGUGACAAAAUCAAGCAGUCUGCAUCUGGAACCAAAAGGCGUGUCUUCGUUGUAGAAACUAUGGGUGGCUUUUGUGGAUAUCUGGCAACCACCACAGGCAUUGCUGUUGGGGCAGAUGCAGCUUACAUCUUUGAAGAAUCGUUCAGUAUCCAUGACUUAAAGAUGAAUGUGGAGCAUUUAACGGAGAAGAUGAAGAAUGAUAUUCAGCGAGGUUUAGUGCUGAGGAAUGAGAAGUGCCACAAACACUACACAACAGAAUUCAUCCACAACUUGUACUCAGCCGAGGGGAAGGGUAUAUUCGACUGUAGGGUUAAUGUACUUGGACAUUUGCAGCAGGGUGGGGUCCCAACACCCUUUGACAGAAACUUUGGCACUAAAAUGGGUGUUAAAUCUGUGUUGUGGCUCACUGAGAAAAUGAAAGAGACCUACAGACAAGGUCGUGUGUUUGCAAACGCGCCAGACACAGCAUGUGUUAUCGGCAUGAACAGAAAAACAAUGUCCUUUAGCCCUGUCACAGAGCUCAAAGAUCAUACAGACUUUGAACACAGGAUGCCAAAAGAGCAGUGGUGGCUAAAUCUGCGUGUCAUGCUGAAAAUGUUAGCCAAGUACCAGACUCACUUUGAGGAGUAUGUUACAGGGGACAUAGAGCACGUGACUCGCAGGAGCCUCAGUAUAGAGACAGGAUUCUGAAGAGCUGAAACCAGGCACCAGUAAUAACCAUGACUAUACUGAUUACAGUGUACCCCAGAUUCAUCCCUCUAAGUUAAUAAAUCCAGUAACCACUAUUAAAACAGUGCUUACCUCAGAAGCUUACUGUUGUUUUGUACUCUCCUGACAUGCUUCAUCACAUUUUGUAAUCUUAAACACUGCAUUUGUUUCCUUUAGUCACAGAUUUCCCAAAUGGAGGUGUUGAUUGUUGGUAUCUCUGAUGUCCAUUUAGUAUUAAAUGCUGUAAUAGUACAUUUGCACUUUGUAGUAUUUAUUGCAGGUUUAAUCCUGGAUUCCUGUGUUGUAUUGUGUUUCGUGGUAUUCCACAUGCAUAACUUUAACACUUUAAUCAUGACUUGUCAUAUUCACAAAGCUUGUAAUUAAAAUGCUGCAAAAUAAAAUUAGAUCACAGGAGGUUUUUGCUUUUCUUAAUUGUGAAUGAAUUAAAAGUAAUUUAUAACAUUUUUCUUAUUCACUAGAUUCACUGUGAAGCACCAAAUCUCAUUUCAAAAUGAAUCCAUCAGCCUUCUAGAGAAAAGUAAAGUUAGUUUGCCGAGUGAAAUCAACUUUUGAAAUUUGAAAUGUUGUUUUGGGUUAUAGAGUCUACGAAUGCUAAAAUGCAACUGAAGAUAUGCUGAUAAUAGUUUGUUUAAUUAUUGAUGGUUGUUGUAGUAUUGCUUAAAUAAAACUUAUUUGA